AUGGCCGCGAGCACGGCGCGGUGGCAGCUGCUCGCCGGCGAGGUGAAGCGGCAGGCCUCGGGGUUCCUGCAGGACAAGUACAAGCAGGCGAGGCUGGCGCUGGGCGACGUCACGCCGGCAGAGCUGCUGGUUCAGGAGGCCACCAACAACGACCCCUGCGUCCCCGACGCCAAGACGCUUGCCUGCAUCGCCGAUGCCGCCUUCGACAUGGACGACUGCUGGCGGAUCGCCAAGGUCCUCCACCACCGCCUCGGCCGCGCCGCCGACUGGAAGCAGUGGCGCCCCGUGUACAAGGCGCUCGUCGUCCUCGAGUUCCUGCUCACGCACGGCCCCGAGGACCUGCUCCUCGAGUUCCGGCCGGACAUGCCCGCCAUGCACGACCUCCGGAGCUUCCACUACGUCGACGACAAGGGCUUCAACUGGGGCGCCUGCAUGCAGCGCCGCACCGACAGCAUCCUCUCGCUGCUCACGGACGCCGACCGCCUCCGGGAGGCGCGCCGCCGGGCCAUCAGGGUCUCCCACGAGGUGCACACCGGCUUCGGCUUCGGCUUCGGCAGCCGGUGGCCGGCCACCGUCGACGAGGACGACGGCGAGGACCACCAGCACCUCGUCGACGACGCCUGGGACGCCCACAUGGGAGUGGACGAAAGCGGCGGCGGCUCUCAUUGGUCCGCCAGGUUGCUCGGCUCCUUGGGCAGCAGGGCGUCCGGCUUCCAGAGCCUGUCCCAACCCGAGCAACGGAGGACAACCAAGAAGCUGCAGCUCCAGAGCCAGGACUAUUGA